AUGGUAGACAGGAAAAGAGCAUUGAAAAUUGAAGAAGAUGAGGAAGAAGAUGCUUUACCAUUAAAUAAAAAAUCAAAAAUCGAAUCAAAGGAUAGAUCACCCAAGAUCAAAGAGGAACAAGAUGACGAAUCUGAGGAGAAAAGUGAUGAAAAGGAGGAAGAGAAUGGAGAAAUUGAAAAUGGUGAUUCAAAAGAAGACAGCAAGGAAAAAAAUGGAAAUUCUAAAGAUAAAAACGGUAAAGUAGAUACUGAAGAGGAUGGUAAUAAUGAAGAAGAAGAGGAAGAAGAGGAAGAAGACGAUGACGAGGAUGAAGAAGCAGAGGAAGAAAAGAAAAGAAUACGAAGUUUCAAUUUUGACGGUGAAAUAUAUACUUUCAAAGAAAGACCAUCAGUGAUAGAGGAAAAAGAAGGUAAAAUUGAAUUCAGAGUAGUGAAUAAUGACAAUACUAAAGAAAAUCUAAUAGUGUUGACAGGUUUAAAAAAUAUAUUUCAAAAGCAAUUACCUAAAAUGCCGAGAGAGUAUAUUUCAAGAUUAGUUUAUGAUCGAUCACAUUUAUCAAUGGCUGUGGUACGAAAACCAUUGACAGUAGUAGGUGGUAUCACAUAUCGACCUUUCAAUAAUCGAGAGUUUGCAGAAAUUGUGUUUUGUGCCAUAUCAUCAACAGAACAAGUCAGAGGUUAUGGUGCUCAUUUAAUGAAUCAUUUGAAAGAUUAUGUAAGAGCGACUUCACCUAUAAAAUAUUUUUUAACCUACGCUGAUAAUUAUGCUAUUGGAUAUUUUAAAAAACAAGGAUUUACAAAAGAAAUAACUUUAGAUAAAUCGGUGUGGAUGGGUUAUAUAAAAGAUUAUGAAGGGGGAACACUAAUGCAGUGCUCAAUGCUACCGUCGAUACUAAGAUAUCUAGAUUCCGCAAAGAUAUUAUUAUUACAAAAAGCAGCGAUUGAGAGGAAAAUUAAAUCAAGAUCAAAAUCAAAUGUUGUAAGACCUGGUCUACAAAUUUUCAAAACUAAUAAAAAUGUAACAUUGAAUUAUAAGGAUAUACCUGGUUUAGCAGAAGCAGGAUGGUCAGAAGAGAUGGACAAAUUAGCUCAAAAACCAAAAAGAGGACCUCAUUAUAAUUUCAUGGUUACAUUAUUUUCUGAACUACAAAAUCAUCCGUCUGCAUGGCCCUUUGCUGUGCCUGUUAAUAAAGAAGAAGUACCUGAUUAUUAUGAAGUCAUAAAGGAGCCAAUGGAUCUUUCAACAAUGGAAUCGAAACUAGAAAAUGAUAAGUAUGAUACAUUUGAUCAAUUUUUAUAUGAUUCUAGAUUAAUUUUUAAGAAUUGUAGAUCUUAUAAUGGUGAUACUACAACUUAUUAUAAAAAUGCCAAUAAAUUGGAGAAAUUCAUGAAUAAUAAAAUUAAGGAUAGUGCUGAGUAUUCUCAUUAUUUGGAUUGA